UCUCACCACGUAGUGUGUUAUAUCUUGUAUUCUCAUACGCACAGAAGAUAAAAGACACAGAAUCAAGCAGAUCAAGCUGAAAAUGCUUGAUUGGGACCAUUGGCUGGUGAAAUGGCGAGUGGAGUUUUGGGGGAGGGAGUGGAACUUCGUGGACAUAGGCACUUUCACUAGCCUAGUCUUCUUGCACUUCCUUUCUCUUUUUGCACCGUUUUACUUCACCUGGACUGCGUUUUGGCUGGCCAUUGCGCUCUACUUUGUCUCAGGUGUCGGUGUAACCCUCUCGUUCCAUAGGAAUCUGUCCCACAGAAGCUUUAAGCUUCCCAGAUGGCUCGAGUACUUCUUUGCCUAUUGUGGGGUUCUAUCACUUCAGAGAAGUCCACUUGAUUGGGUGAGCGUACACAGAUCCCACCAUCAGUUUACAGACACAGUGAAAGACCCUCAUAGCCCAGUCAGAGGAUUCUGGUUUAGUCAUGUUGGUUGGACAAUCGAUUACCGUGGUCGAAACGGAAAUUAUGAACCACGACUAAAGAAUGUUGGAGAUUUGAAAAGACAACCAUACUAUAUGUUUCUCCAUUAUACAUACCCUCUUCAUUAUAUUGCUCUCGGAGUUCUAUUGUAUUUUCUGGGAGGAAUGCCCUUUCUGGUUUGGGGAAUGGGAGUGAGGACGGUGCUUUUUCUCCAUGCUACAUUUGGAAUAAAUUCAAUUUGUCAUACAUGGGGACAGCAAAUCUGGGAAACUGGUGAUUUAUCUAGAAACAAUUGGUUGAUUGGAUUGCUGGCACAUGGAGAAGGUUGGCAUAAUAAUCACCAUGCUUUUCAGCACUCAGCUCGACAUGGCUUGGAAUGGUGGCAAAUUGAUGUUACUUGGUAUGUCAUAAGAUUUCUUGAACUUGUGGGUUUGGCAACAGAAGUGAAGCUUCCAACAGAGAUUCAGAAGAAACAAAGAGCUUUAAGCAACAAGAUAAUCUACGAGGAAAAGCAGCAGCAACUUGAAACAAAAGUCCAAAAUGGCAAGCUUUGAAAAACUAAGAUUAUAAUAGGUACUAUUUAUUACCUUAAAAUAAAACGUAUGUUUGGAUUGUUAAGAUAUAUUAGACCCGAACCUGACAUGAGGCCUGUGAGUCAGCUGUCUCGGGUUCAGUGUCUUGUCGGGGUCUAAUUUUUUUUUUUUGGGUAUUUAAAAAAAUUAUUAAGUAAAUAAAAUGUAAGUCUUUUACUAUUAUAAAGUAACAAAAAGAUGGGGAGAGAAUAGUUGGGAGGAAGUA